AUGCCUCAACGACCGGGCGAGGAAAUCCUGGUGAACGUAUUGGCUGAUAUCCAUUACUAUUUCACUACACCCACCCCCAAACCCCUCUAUCAUCGAUUCGAAAAAGGUUCCUACCUAUACAUCUAUCACGAUGCUUCAAAGAACAAAGCACGAAUCGAGAUCGCCAAUAAUGCGGCAACGCCAGAUCAAGAUGCAUUCCAAGGCACAUUAGAUAAUGUCCAUAUACAACACUCCACCCAGUUCCCGACCUUAUGCACCGUGACGGUGGAUGGAUACACAGGUGUUCCCCAACAAGAAGCUUCCCAGUAUGACUGGCGACUCCCAAGCACCGACGGACAAAAUGACUUAAUCCGCUUGAACACGGUCGAUAUCUAUUUCUGGACUGUGGAUGACGCCGACCAAUUCCUCGACUCAGCGAGGCUAGUUCUGGCAACUCCCCAACUAGAAACCGACCGAGACACAGCUGAGCAAUCAGAGCAACCUCUAAGCUCUAUAGUCCAGCAGCUCGAAAGUGUCGCUGUCUCAGACCCCGCAUAUCAGAAUGGCCAAACUCCGGAUUCACGAUUCAACCCACCAGUGGCAGCGGCAGCGGCAGCACCAACAGCGCAGGCCGGUCCAUCGAUCCUCAGUUUCGCUCCGCCUCCAAGCGCCCCAUCAACCCAUCAGCGAUUCUCGUAUGCCGAGAGCAAUUCCCCGGUUUCUCCGAUUGCACCAGAAGAAAGCGAAGAACCGGAAAUCCCAACACCACUUCCCUACAACCCCGCCGCCCCCGCCGCUCCAGAACCCAUCAAGCACCGUGAGAAAACCCCUCCACCCCCAGAGGAUGGCACGGGAACAGGUCUUGCAGCAGCAGCUGCUGCGGACGCAGGAGUGCCAUACACACCACCGCACCAAAGAGGACCCAGUGUCGGGAUUAGCUCGUUCACACCCGGUCCGCAGUCCACCACACUAGGAAUGCCAUACACGCAAACAGGAUACGCCUCCCCACCCCCAAGCGCAGGUCUAGCCCACGCAAAUACAUUUCCCCUCGGAACGAGUUCUGCACUGCAAAGCCCUAUGCUCCCAUCAUACCAGCAAUCUUUCAUGACGGGCCAACAGGUCCCAGCGGGUGGGAUGUCGUUUGCGCCGCCGCCGCAGGAUCCCAAUGCUCAUCUGUAUGGGCAGGGGUAUGUUACGUCACAGCAAUCACCUCCUCAGCAGGGACUAAAUCCGGAUGACUUCUCAAGUUACUCGUAUGAGCAGACGCAGCUGCCUAUGCAGCGGGGUGGGUCGGAGUAUGAUAUCCAUAGUCAGGUCUAUAGGCCUACUAAGGAAGAAGUGCACUCGCAUGCGCAGAAGCAUGCGCAUAAAGCGAUGAAGGCGCCUGGGGAGCGGCCGCAUAAGAUUGAAGAUAAGGCGCAUAAGAUGGAGGGCGGAGUGAAUCGGUUCUUGAAGAGGUUAGAGAAGAAACUCGGUUGA